AUGAUAAUAAAUAAAACGACAGAAGAUUAUUAUAUAGGUUCUGCAUCGACUGAUAGAUUUUAUGCUAGAUUUUCUAACCAUCUUAUUUAUUUUAGGGGUAGUAAAGUAGUUAAAGCUGCAGUAAAAAAAUAUGGAUUAGAUAAUUUUGCUUUUUUAAUAUUAGAGUUAUAUCCUAAUAUUGUAACUAAGGAGAAUAAUAAAGAAUUAUUGGAUUUAGAAGACAAAUAUUUGAAGUAUUUAUUACCUAAUUAUAAUAUUUUAACUGAGGCAGGGUCUAGUUUUGGUUAUAAACAUUCAGAAAUUGAUCGUAUUAAAAUGAAAGAGAUAUAUAGUAAUGAAAGACGAGAAAAGAUUGGUAGUUUAAAUAGAGGUAAAAAAUUAUCACCUGAAACAAUAGAAAGGAUGAGAGAAAAAGCACUUAAUAGAUCUCCUAUGUCUGACGAAACUAAAUUGAAAUGUAUAACCAAUACGAAACCUGUUAUUUUAUCUAAUUUAAAUGGUACUAUUUACGGUAAAUAUCCUACAAUAUUAGAUGCAUCUAAGGCUAUUAAUUGUAAUGAAAAAACAAUUAGAAGAGCUUUAAAAACAGAAAAAAAAUUAGUAAAAAGACAAUGAAGAGUAAAUUGUUUAUAUAAAUAA